AAAUUAUUAGGUGGAAUUGUACCAAGGGUCAGCUCACAAGGGUUUUUCCAUUUUACUUCAAUCUCAAGAUCAACUGAAAAUAAAAUAAGUCAAAAAAAAUGGCAAAUCAAGGGGCGAAGAAGCGAAGAGAAGAAAAUACUCGCCAUAUCAACAAUCUCUUUCGUAUUAUCAUCGCCUGCAAUAUCAUUUAUGUCAUAGUAAGAGCUGGGUUCUUCUAUUCCACAUUUUCAUGGAUGCAUUGGAUCGGCCUAAUACUGACUUCAGCUGCCUACUAUCUAUGCUAUCAACAACUAGCAUCAAUGGCAAAGCCUACCUACACAGAUGAUGGGGACCUUUUAGAUGGGGGCUUUGAUAUGAGUACUGGUGGGGCCUGCGGAUACCUGCAUGAUGUUAUAUACAUUACCUGCUUUGUGCAAGUUAUGUCUAUCAUAUCUGGGAAGUUUUGGUGGAUAUAUGCGGUGAUACCAGCAUUUGCAGUCUAUAAAGGAUGGGGUUUGAUUAAGGGAUUUCUCCCUCAAGGUUCUGAGGGAGUUGAAGAGGAUGAAAAAACUCGCAAGAAAAGGGAAAAAAUGGAGAAGAAAGCAUCAAGAGGCAAGUUUAUUAAAGCAAAAGGUCGAUAGUUUCAAAUUCAGCAGCAUUUACCCUGUGAUCCGAGUAUUUACUUUCAUUGUAACGAUAUACCCAUACAUGAUUUUCUUGUGUUAGACUAGUGAACUAGAAUUUUCACAACAACUUUUUAAGUUUGGUAUAUUAGUUGUACCUUAUUUAACUGCUUGAAAUGAGUACUAAAACAUGUUUCAUCUGCAAAUUCACAUGGUUCUAUAUGAGGUUGGUUGGUGUAAAACUUUCAAGUCAUUUGCUAUUGGUUUGCUUAAAUUCAUCACAAACUUGUUUGCUCAGAUUGAGCUUUUUUUCA